AUGUCCACCCGCUCAAUACGAAAACCCAGACGACCAGCCCCAGAGAUCCCCGAUGCUGCUACACAGCAUGCGGCCGCUGCAGCUGCAGCCUCCCGGGCAAUGCGCUCUAGCCAAAGCUCAUCUCAGGAUUCGAAAAACCCAUACGAACGACUAGGUGGCCCAGGAAAUGUUGCCAUCCCUCGGAGGCGUCCCGGAUCGAGCCUUCGGAGCACUGAAGAUAGUAUAUCAACCGGCCAGGGAGACUUGACAAAAUUUCCAGCCACUCGUCGGUCCAAGGAACUGACCGGUGUAUCGACCCGAACCCAUUGCUUCGAUGACCCUGCCGCCCUUCCGCCAAUCACAGAGCUCAACGGAUUUGAUGGGCGGGACAGCUCAGUGCCCUCUUCAUAUCGCCGAUUGCGCAAGGCCAAGUCAAUGUUCUCGACCAGACAGCGAACUUCGCAGACCCCGUAUGGAGUCCCUUCGAUCCCUUGCGGUGAUCCCCUUGAUCCAGAUCGCAGUCCUGGAUUUCAGCUGCCACGAACAAUGAGACGAUCUAUGUCUUUUCUCCGAGGAGGUUAUCAAUCCCCACAAGUUGAUCCAACUGCUAGGGGUCGCGAUGCGGCUAUUCAGCUUGCGCGUAGCCAAUUUUCACGGGAUUCUAACAGGGAAGGUGUUCAGGCUCGACGGUCAUCUUUCUUUCUCAGACACAAGAAGGAGCACAGGCCAUUUCGAAAAUCAUUCCGGGCGACAAGUGAAUGUGGCGUCGAUGCCUCUCCCGAGUGCUCUAAAUCUCGGUCUUUUUCAAGUUCCAUCAAAAAUAAAUUCAGGCGUGUGUUUGGGUUUUCCAAGGUCGCGGAUCAACAACCUGCGCCACGUGGUAACCCAAAUGGCGCUGAGGUCUCUGAGGUAGCUCCGAUUGGGAAAGACACGGAAGAAUGCUCUCCUCGCAGAUUGACAGCCAUUGAAGACGGCAUUGAUUCCAACUACUUCCAGUCAAUGCCCCAGUCCCCCAGCUGCGAUAGUAUCUGCACUUCCAAGUCGCGCGUUACCAGUUGGGCUGAUUCAACUAUGUCAAACACAGUUACAACCCGGAAGACAGGGCAUCGCAAAUCUCUCUCCUUGAUUAGAGAGGAUGGGGACCUGGACCAGCAACUACCAAGGACUCCUACAAUGGAUGAUACGGAAAAUCAAUCUCCUUUGGGCGUGAGAGCAAGCACCCCUAAAAUUAGCAUUAUUGACAGUCAAGAUUUGUACACAGCUUUGAUGAAACAGAUGGGCCGGAAUUCCCUGUCUGAUCCCAACGAGGAGAUGGUCUUUGGCAAUGUGCCGCAGCAUCGCGUGGUUCCAGAACGGACGAGUUCUGUCUACUCCCAACAUGGCAAACGGACUAUCCGCCAUGUCCCAAGCCAAGAAUCCUCGACCUCACCCGGUUCAUUCGCAACAGCGCGUGGUGGUGAUCAAUCCAGUCCAAGGAAGUAUCCGCGCUCAGUUAGGUCGAUGCAAGUUUCUCGGGGCAUGCCACCUCGGGCAAAUCAACAUAUGACUGCUGUUUCAGACAAGAUGUCGCCACAAUCAACGUAUGGUUUGAGUGAGGAAUCUGAUGAGGACAGUGGUAGCGUUAUUGUUUCUCGCCUUCGGGCCUCGAAAAGGGAUAUUAUUUCCCCAAGUAUAUAUUCUCGGACCGCCAGUGGCAACACCUUACCAAAAUCUGACAAUGCCGACACGGGCGUUCAUGAUGAACCAGGAACAGCGACUAUAUUCACCCCACAGAGGACAACAUACAGGUCACGCAAACGUACCAACCGGGCUUCAUCUCCCGCGUCUCAUGUAAAUCCCAGUGCAGAUUGGCAGCAAUGGAUGAGCUCACAGAUUGAACGAAUUGAGCAAGCAAGCCCCACAAGGGAACACAUCAGGGAAGAUGCACAAUACCAGGAUGAGGAUGAAUACUUGACCAGCAUAGCUCGACGAGCUCCUAUCGCUGUCUUUGCUCCCGCUUCGGCAACCCUGCCGAAGGUUCCAGACAACCAAAGUACCACCGAGCGCAAAUCUUCGGUUGAGAAUAGAGUCCCGUCACAGAGCAACUUCUCCCGUCCGUUAAUCCCGGCUUCCGGCAUGCGAACCACGUUGCCAUUGCAGACAACUAAGUCGGAAAAUACGGCGCAGAUUCAUGCUAACUCAUUGGUCAUGGAUAUCAAUGCUAGGUCUGAUGAAAACACCUCACCUAAGCCCAUCCCCAUUUCUUGCAAUCAAGAACCGUCGCCAAUCCGACUGAGAUCCGGAAAUAUGCAGCCACCAGAGUCCCCAACUCCCAAGGGAGUGAGAUCCAAGCGGUCCUGGACCAAAGAGCAGCAGCGGCGCUAUUCAGCCAGGCGUGCUCCGAUUGCCCAAGAUAGCAGGAUCAAUCAUUUCCGGUCCAUGCGCACCCAGCGUGGCCGUGCAAACAAUGAAAAUGCGAGGGAGCAGGCUGAGUACAAUGACAUUAUGGACAGCUACAGCCAAAUUCAGGACAUUCAUUCCACGAUCUCUAGCAAGCGCAUGGUGGAUCUGUUCUUAGACAGUCGCCGUCGACAAAUGGGUGAAGUCACAGACAACGAUGCAACCACAGAGGCUUUUCUUUGA